UAAAUUGUGGCGUGCGCAGAGAGAUCAUUACAUCAGCUGUUCAAUACAUUAUGGUAGUUGUUUGUGUUUAGUAAUUGCAAGGUCAGUCUUUGUGCGAGUAUAAAAUUGUUUUGAAGUUUUUGGUACUUGGAAGUGUACAGAUUUUAAUAAAAAUAUCUUCGUCGAAUUUCACGCAGUUUCUACAAAAGUGUUUUCCUUCUUCGGACUCAUGAAUAGCACAGGUUCUUCUGACUCAAAUGGAUCCAAAAAUUAUUUUGUAAACUUCAACCAGGAUAGCACAUCUUUAGCAGUGGGUAGCAGAACAGGGUAUCGUCUGUAUUCUCUUAGCGGUGUCGACACACUCGAACAAAUAUAUAGCAAUGGCACCGAGGACACGUGCCUUGUGGAAAGGCUGUUCAGCAGUAGUUUGGUCGCGGUGGUCUCUCUGGCUGCCCCCCGAAAGCUGAAGGUGUGCCAUUUCAAGAAAGGAACGGAAAUUUGUAAUUAUUCCUAUUCCAACACUAUUUUGGCCGUCAAACUUAACAGAGCUCGACUUGUAGUAUGUCUCGAAGAGAGUUUGUAUAUCCAUAACAUUAGAGAUAUGAAAGUUCUUCAUACGAUUAGGGACACACCUCCAAAUCCUUUAGGUCUUUGUGCUUUAAGUAUAACCUCUGAUAACUGUUUCAUAGCAUAUCCGGGAUCUUCGAUUAUUGGUGAAGUACAGAUUUUCGAUGCCAUUAAUCUGCACGCGAAAACUAUGAUCCACGCGCACGACAGCCCAUUAGCUGCGUUGGCGUUCAGCCCGAAUGGUACCCGUAUAGCUACGGCGUCAGAGAAAGGAACUGUGAUCCGAGUGUUUUCUGUAAUAGACGCUUCAAAAUUGUACGAGUUCAGGAGAGGAGUGAAACGCUGCGUUGCCAUAUCGUGUAUAGCGUUCAGUUUGUGCGGCCAAUUCUUGAGCUGUAGCAGUAAUACGGAAACUGUACAUAUAUUUAAAUUAGAGGAACCAAAGGAUAGUCCUAGAAGGAGCGUAGAAGAAAGCAGUUGGAUGGGAUAUUUGACGACUUACCUUCCCACACAAGUGACGGACGUUUUUACCCAAGGUAGAGCUUUUGCCACGGCGCACUUGCCUUUCUACGGUGUCAAGAAUGUGAUCUCGAUAGCAACAAUCCAGCAGCAGCUGAGAUUGCUAGUAGCGACGGAAGACGGAACUCUGUACGUGUACAACAUCGAUCCCAGCGAAGGAGGCGACCUGAUUCUGUUCAAAGAGCACCGAUUAGACGGUGCCCCGGAGAACCCAGGCAAAUCCUCUGACAAAACGGACAUAGGAAAGACCUCGGCGCCCCAAAACAUCGAAGGAGGCAUACUAGGUAGCUACGCUGGCAUCGUCAAAGGCAAUCCAUCCGGCCAAAUGUCAGGUACUGAGUCAGAAAAGUUCCGGGAGAUGGCAGCAGCUACGGAAUCGCCGCCCAAAGGCGCGUUUCAGUUCACCGACGACCAGGAAUACCCCCCGCUAACCCAGAACUCAGAUUGAGACAUACUCAUCUACGUCGCCGGAAUGACCUCGCUGCAACUAUCAGCAAAGGAGAGGUUCCAACUCACUUGCAUUUUUAUUUUAUUCAUCCACCUUAUCGUCUGUAUGCUGGAAGAGGACUUUGUUCUCGGUGUUUCGACCGAAGUGAAUGGGUCUUGUCAUUUCGGGAACAUUAUCAGUGACUUUUAGAACCGCUAAAGGGUACUAAAUAUUCAGUGUAAACAAACAAUACAUCAAUCAUCAUUUUUUCGAGUUAUAUUUUAUUUCAAAUGUUAAACGACAUCAUUAGAUGAAUAUCGUGUAUCAUAACAUAACAAUUAAUUUCAAAAUACAUAAAUACUUGAUGCCAACUUAACAUAUCGCCGCCAUAUUUGUAUAUACUAGUGAGAUAAAGAGAGCAGAAAGUUCAAUAUGGCGUAAUCGUUUUAUUUUUUUUUUGUAAAACUUUAUCUAAAUAUAGAUAUUUCUUAAACUGUUGUCCAGUUAUCCUUAACAAUGUUUUACCACCUUACAACCUUGACUUACAAGCAAUUUUAGCAACCACAUUCUUAUUUUUGGUGAACAAAUUCAAAUGUUUAGUUCUAGUUUGAAUAGUGAAUCUCAAUUGGGUUCCCAUUACACGCUCACAGUAACUUUAGAGAUCUAAAAAUUAAGGAAGUAAGUUUAGAGAUUUAUCAAUUUAUUUAGCUAUAAAAUGUACUGUAAUAUAGCGUUAAUCAGCUGUAAACCAUCUCUAGUUCAGAUUUCUCAAAAGAAAUUUGUUUUUGACAUAUAAAGAACUCACUAGUAAACUAAAGAAUUCCAUUUAUAACACUAAUUUUUGAAGUACAACUUUAACAUAUCUCCUUAUUUACACAAACAAAAAAGUUACGAAGAAAAAGCAUCAUAAAAACCUCAGGUAUUCGGAAAAUAAGAUGUUAAAGAAGCUCAAUAUGUUUUAUUUCGAUAUAAGUUAACUGUAAGUUGUUUUGCUGUUAUCUCUAAAUGAGUUUUUCACUUUUAAAUCCGGCUCGAAGGACCAUAAAUAUUUGAGAAAGGUUUACUUUUUCAAUUACUCAAAAGAAAAAAUACUAAAAAUACUUGACUGAAAAUAUUCGUAUGUCCUCUCUCACUUCUAGCAUAAUCAGCUCUAAACGAGUAAGAAUAUGCUCCAAAACUAUGAUAUUAAAGAAAUUUGUCUCAAAAUGAUUGAGUUACAGUACAAUCUUAAACUCGAGAAUAAUUUUUUUUAAUGUUUGAAAGCGUUUUAUAACUCGAAAACCGUCAUUUCUGAAUGCUUCAUCAAUAUUAUUCUUUAAAAUGUUUUUAGUUAUCACAGAACAUUAAAUUAUUUACCUAACAGUACCUACCUAUUAUUAGGUUGUUUCAGUAACUUUUAUUAUUCUGUGAAUGACAUCUGUCACAUUUAACAUUGAUAGACGUUUAUUUUGUGUUUGUUGAUAGCACUCUACGGGUCUAGGACGUUUCAUCGCCGCCAUUUCGAUGCCGGCCGAUUCAUCGCCAGUCAAUUAAUCGCUAUCUGAUAUAUUUCCGAAUUUUCGACAGUUACAAUUAUUAGUUAUUUUUAGUAUUAAUUAGGAGACGGCGAUGAAAUGGACUGGCGAUGAACCGGCGGCAUCGAAACGUCCCAUUCCGCACUCUACUCAUCAAUAGUCUCUAGAUUCUCAGAGUACAGGCUUAGCUCAUAUUUUUCACUAAAAUAAUUUAAGGUCUUCUAAUUAUUGUCUGGAAAUAAAGAAAAAACGCACAAUAAUCAUGUGUUAGUUUUAGUAUUUUGUAAAUAAAAUAUUUUUCUAUUUUUAUCUAUUAAAGAAGGAAUUUGUAAUACACAAUCUAUGUGAAAAUAUAUCGCUUGCUGAAUGGUAAUUUACAUAAGUCUUGGUAGUGCAAAAUCCCUACUUCUGACGUUCACAGAUAAUAAAAUUUUAAGUCAGUGUGGACAACGUAAGUUAAAACAAGCUACUAAGUAACUUUCAUUUUUUGUUCUUUUUCUUUGUCUUUAAUUCUGACUUCUCUUCCUUGGUCGUAAAUCCUUUGCAAGUAAUUAAUCUCGGUAUUUCUUGUGUCAUCCACCUUUGUUUUCUCUUUGUUUUUACUGCAUUUAAUUUUGUUUUUUGGGCGAAUUUUAGUAUAUUAUCAUCCUUCACGCCUAACAAAAUGUUACGUAUACAGUGUACUAUACUAUGGAGUGGAAUCUUGGACGUUAAAUGUAGAGACAAUGAGACGACUUAACUCCUUUGAAAUGUGGACCUAUAGAAGAAUUAUGAGGGUUUCCUGGGUAGAUAGAGUUACGAACAAUGAAGUACUGAGAAGAAUAGAUAAAGAGAAGGAAGUUGAUUAGAAUUAAAGAAAGAAAGCUACAGCAUCUCAGACAUGUGAUGCGGGGCGAGAAGUAUAGCAUCCUGAGACUCAUAAUGCAAGGAAAGAUAGAUGGCAGAAGAAGCAUCGGAAGAAGACGAAUUUCAUGGCUGAAGAACCUGAGAGAAUGGUUUGGAUGCAGCUCAAAACAAUUAUUUAGAGCUACUGCCUCAAAAAUUAAAAUAGCUAUGAUGAUUGCCAACCUCCGUAGCGGAGAUGGCACCUGAAGAAGAAGAAUCAUCCUUCAUGUUCAUCCAGUUUUUUCGUGAAUACUUUCCUGUUUUUGAUGUCAACUUUAUUUUUUGUCUCAGUACACUGCUAUUUCUUGUUUUUCUUGACAUCUUUUGUCUAUAAAUACCUAGUAACUUGCGUAUUCGCGCUUGUAACCUUCUUCAAUCUGUCUUAUUUUCCUACCAAAAUAUUGUGAUGUGUUGAUACAUCUGCACUUGGAUGUUUUGACUGCUAAUACUGAGUUUCAGUAUCUUUUGUUUAGCCAUAUGAAGUAUAUUUGGUUACGAACCACUCGUUCAGGUGUAUGUAUACCAUGGAUGGUAGACCGCACGUCAUUUAUUAGAAUGUAGACGCUCCGUUUAAAAAUAUAUAACAUGAUUUAAUGCAGCAAUGUCACAAUUCAAAAAGAGUCAUUGUUGCACCACUAAAAGGUUUUUGGAUAAGAUCUCGAGACCAACUGAAAGGAUGUCAAUACAUAUUGCACGCAGUAAUAGACACGGCACACGACCUGCUUAAAGGCACACUGCACAUGCGCCGCCAUCUAGGUGAUAAUGUUAAAAGUUAGAAAAACCAGUAUUACAUUAAAAAUUGCAUCAAUUUGCAAAACAAUGAACGAAAAAUGUUAAAAUUGGAAAAUUUUCACUUAUGCCAUUAUUGUAUUCAGCAAACGAUAUGAGCUACAGUUACUUUGAGAACUAGAAAUAAAUAUUUCAUGAAAUUGACAAGAAUACACUUGGAAAAUAAUUUAUUUUUAAUUUAAAUAUACAAUCUAGCUCUACUUUUUAAUAUUGACAACAUUCGUAAGUAUUUUAGUUUGUUAGCGGAAAAUACAAAAAAAUUAUGUAAAAAAGUUAAAAAUCAUAUCAUUAGUCAUGUAUGUUGGGUUGUCAUGAACUGUAGAGUGUUUGAUCGAUAGAUGGCAGUGAGAUCGUGAAUAAGAACCAAACUCAAGGCGGUAUUAGAAUCAUAAAUUAAGGUUAAUAUUUUUGCAAUGAAACUGCCAUUUAAUAAAGAUUCUAUUCGAAUUGUACCUAUAAUAGUGGAGAUUGGUGAUUGGAGUACCUGAAAAUGGCUAAAGUAGUUAACCUACACAUUUAAAUUCUACAAUACCUCACGAAUAUGAGUAGUUUACUGGUUUGCCACAUUUACUCUAAGCUAGGUACACCUAGGGUAUGUCAUGAUUGACAGUAAUGACAGAUCUGUGUAACACCCUCUAGUAAUCAUUGAUAAAACCUUAAAAGACCGCCUAAAUAGUAAAUAACCAAAAAAUAAUUUUUGCAAAUUUUUAGCGUCGAAACUAAUGAGAAUCAUUUUGAAUUGGCUGUAAAGUAGUUAAAUUUUAAUAGAAAUGAAGAAUGGAUAGAUAUUUAAAAAGUUAUGGUGUCGAUCAAAUUCCUUUUGUUGAAAAAAUUCUACAGUAUAGGAUGACCCACAUCUAUAUUAAUAAACUAAGGUGUUUAGAAUUGAUUAUGACUUACAUAAUUAUACGUGGCAUAAAAUAAACGGUAUUUUUUUAAAUAUUUUUAAAAAAUUAUAAUAAGAUGUUAUAAAACAAAAAAAAGGCUGAUAAAAUUUGAAAAUGCUAGAAAAUUGUAAACCUGGCUUCGCUGUAAAUGAAAUUAAUAAUUGUCUAUUUAUAUAGGAAUAAUUGUCAUGGUGAAAAUCGGUGGCUUUUCAAGCAAAAAAGCAUGUGAUAUUUUCGGGGAAAUAACUUUUCCUCUGAGACGAGCCCUGAUUUUUUUUUUUAAUACGAAUUGAAGAUUUUAAAACUGCAAAUAUAACCAGUAAAACGUUUUGCAAUAUACUGUCUGUAUAGGUUUCAUGGAACGCAUAUUAUGCCGAUGAAAAUGUAUAUACAAGGUGAGAAUACAUAGUUCUCGGUCUGCGGCAUAGAUGGCAGUGUUCAUGAUAGAAGGAUCAUGUUCAAUCAUUUUUUACAUCGCUUUAUACUUUAUAUAUUUGUAGAUGGUCAAAACUAAUAGCAGUAACAGAAAGAUAAAACUAAGGAUUUUAAUACAGAGUGUAAACGUUUAUUAAGUACUGACCACAAAUGGAUGUAAUUUAUACGCAUUUUUGUGCUAUUUUAAGAAAAUCCUACCAAUUUUCUGCUUUAAGAGUUACGCCCGGUUUCAUAAUCAACUUAAAGUAAACAUUAACUAAAGUUCACUUUAACGUUGACAUUUGCCCAUAUGAAUUGCAUUGACAAGGGUACCAACAUAAAACUUAAAGUCCACUUUAACUGAUUAUGAAACCGGGCGUUAGUAUAUGAACAUCAGCAGCUUGACAGAUGACAAUUGGCAUGAACUGUCAACAGGUCAAACAGGAAAUAUUACCGAGUUAAACAAAAAAUGACCAGGAAAAUGUUCCAAUAAAAAAACUGUAAUAAACGCAAUAUUGAAUAGUUUCACUCAUGAAUUACUAGAACUUCCUCCUCAGUAUCUAGAUUUGGACCAUCUAACUAUUUAUCGAGACCAAAUUGUAUACAAGAUACCAGCAAUUGUCAGUGAUUAAUAAAUACCUGUUGUAUUUUUGAAUUCUCGAUAUUUUGUUGCUGUUAACGCUGUGAUAUAUUCGCAUAACAUAUUCCCAAUUAAUUAAGUUUUCAUGACAUAUUAAACAGUUUUCAUGAAAUAUUUUAAACCACUAAGAAAGAAUUUAAUAGUGGAUAUAAUUAUAUAUAGUCAUUUAUUAGAGAAUUUAUUUACUUUUUUUGCUUACAUUAACUUAAUUUCAGACGUUAAUACGUCUUAAUUAUUUCAGAUUGUUUAUAUUCCUGGACUUGCGCAUUAGGCACUUAUUUUUUAUAGUGUUGGGAAUCUCUUACGUGAAUAUCGUAUAGGUUCAAUUUAAAAAAAUUGACACGGAUUAUGGAACCGAUAUUGCGAUAAUUGUAAAUUUGUUUUUUAAACCUGUAUUUUUUCUAGUGUUUCUUCAUAUAAGAACAUAUAAGUAUUUUAAGAUGUAUAUUUUAAGCACUUAAAUGUGCUGUGUACAUAGGUUAAUUUUAGGUAUAAUACGAUUAUACUCGUUUAGGAAAUGCUGAAUUUUUGGUAAGUUAUUUGUAUCAAACAGAAUAAAUGUUAUAUCUAAGGAAAAA